UAUUCUUUGACAGAAUUUACGUAGAUUAUAAACGAAAAUGUGGAAAAUCUCCAGAAAUUAAAUCAUCCAGAGCAUCUGUCUCGUUCUUAGCAUAAACUAGGUGUUGUGUGCGUUAAUCAGUAAUCGCAAACAUGUAGAAUAUAAACGAUUCAUUGUGAAACUGCUCGGAAAUAGUGCUGUGUGCUAAGUUAAUUAGUAGUGCGGAUUACUCCUUAAUAUAUAAAUACGACUACGCGACAAAUUAAUAUAAACAUGGAGAGCAUAGGCGAUUACGAAUACAGCACAAAGGACCUGAUAGGACACGGGGCUUUCGCUGUCGUCUUCAAAGGCAGACAUAAAAAGAAUCCGAAUUUGACGGUGGCGAUAAAGAGCAUCACAAAGAAGAGCCUCGCUAAAUCGCAAAACCUACUCGGAAAGGAGAUUAAAAUAUUAAAGGACUUAACCGAGUUACAUCAUGAAAAUGUUGUUGCAUUAUUGGAUUGCAAGGAAUGUAAGAACAAUGUAUACCUUGUUAUGGAGUAUUGCAAUGGUGGCGAUUUGGCCGAUUACUUAGGAGCGAAAGGGACACUUAGUGAGGAUACAAUACGCUUAUUUUUAGUGCAAUUAGCUGGUGCUAUGAAAGCGUUGUACGCAAUGGGAGUCGUACAUCGUGAUCUUAAGCCGCAAAAUAUUUUAUUAUCGCACAGCGGGGCUAAACUGUAUCCGCAACCGUCCGAAAUCAAAUUAAAAAUAGCGGAUUUUGGAUUCGCCAGAUUUCUGCAGGACGGGGUCAUGGCGGCGACCCUCUGUGGUAGUCCAAUGUACAUGGCGCCCGAAGUGAUAAUGUCUCUUCAAUACGACGCCAAAGCUGACCUGUGGAGCUUGGGCACCAUCGUUUUUCAAUGCCUGGUAGGCAAGGCGCCGUUCCAGGCGAACACGCCUCAGCAACUCAAGCAGUUCUACGAAAAGAACGCCAACCUAGCACCAAAGAUUCCCCCGCAGACUAGUCCGGAGCUGACCGAUCUCCUGCAAGGUUUGCUGAAACGCAACGCGAAGGAGCGUAUGAAUUUUGAGUCGUUCUUCAAUCACAAGUUCCUGCAAAGACCCGAGCCACCUGUACAAAGUCCACUUCAAGCAGAUAUACCAUUUUCAAAUAUUAUUGGCACAAGCAAGGUGCCUUCGAGGUCGCCUCCUCCAGUUGCUAAAUUGAGCACACCUCCAAUCUCUCAACCGGAAUCACCACGAUCUACAAGAAACGCACUGAGUUCCUCAAACGAGGACGAUGAUUAUGUUAUAGUUCCACAAAACAUCCAAACAUCAGACAACAUCGUCGAGAGUGUUGAAAAGGAGAAACCCAGUACUCUAAAUUUACCAGCUAAGGCGAUACCGUCUCCAUCUGUGCCUGUCGUGAGUCCCACAAGACCGAGCACGCUGCCUAUCUCCGAACCUAUUCCGGUUCCGAGACGGCCUCAUUACCAAAGAACCUAUAGUCAAUCCGAGAAGAAAGAAGAACCCUCUUCUCCCACCACAGGUGCAAGUAGUAGCGUGCCGCGAUCCCAACCCAUCACCAUGAAGAGGCUCGAGAAGAAAGUGAGCGAUAUUGACAUCAGUUCAUUGUCUCCCCCUUCAGUGCAAUUUGUGAUUGGCACACCGCCCGGCGGCAGAAGAAGGUCAACUUCGAGCAGCCUGUGCGAAACCCCGCCGCCCCCUAACAUAUGGACGGUUUCGCCCACGGCCGCUCGAAACAUGCCAAUGAACUCUCCAUUGCGCAGAUCGGGUACAUCUCCACCGAUUCUGAGCGGUCCCCUGGCCAGAGUGCCGAUCUUGAGCAGUCCGAAUCUCAGCGACAACAAUAAUUUGGGUAAGUCGCCGGUGGUUCCGUUCUGCACCAGGGCCGUUACUCUGCCGGAGAUUUCGGAGAUGGGCAACUACCACAAUUUCUUCAACGAUACCGCCUCCAAUCACGAGAACCAUCCGAUUACAUUCUUGGCACCUGAACUCAACGAAGAAACACUUUUGGAGAAGGAGCACAACGAAACCUUGGCUAAAGUCAACUUCGUGUUGGCGCUGAGCAACUGCAUUCUGGAGUUGGCGCAGCAGAGGGCCACACCGAUCGCCGCGUUAAUCGAUCCCACCCAGCAGAAUCAUCCGCAGAGUGAGAUGGGAAGGCGCGCCGAACAGUUGGUCCUUUUGGUGCGGGCAAUGCAAUUGCUCAGCAGCGGACUAGAUCUAGCUUGCAAACAACUAAAGUCCGGCCAGUUGAGGCCCAGCAGCUCCGUCAAGAAUGUGAUUUCUACAAUGAACACCAAAUUUAGAUCCACGCUUCAUGAAUGCAAGCAACUGAACAGCACCGGCUUGCUGAACAAGCUCGGAUCUACGAAUAUAACAGCAGAGAAAAUACUUUACAAUCACGCGAUACAAAUGUGUCAGUCGGCAGCUUUAGACGAACUGUUUGGUAAUCCUGAAGAAUGCUUUUCUCGAUACCAAACAGCUCAAAUCCUACUUCACAGUUUGUCACAACAGGUGCAUAAUCAACAAGAUAGAAUGCUAUUGACUAAAUAUAAAGACGCUGUAGAAAAACGCUUAUUUGUACUGCAACAACAAGGAUUCAUUUAUGCAACCGAUCUCUCUUAAAAUAUACGACAUAAUUGCCAUUUCUUUGAUCACGUAUUUAUAUAUGUCUACAAUUUGAAAUUAUAUUAUCAACUACUAAUUUUCGUAUUAGGUUUAAUUUACUAGAAAACAGUAGUUUAUAUUUUAUCUGGUGAUCUUUAGGUACAAUAAUCAAUUAUUUUUAGGUAAUCUUUUCGUUGGUUUAUUUUUUAUCGUAGAUUACUAUUAGAAAAUAUAUAAUUAGUGUAUGUAAUAUAUUUACAUAUGGGGGUUCUUAUCUCAAAUAUAUCGCAUUAUGGUUUCAAUAGUUUACACCUAUUUAAUAAUAAUUUUAAAUAUUUAUUGUUAGGUUCUAUUAGUUCUUGAAUGACAGGACUGUAAUAUUCUAAAUUGUGACUGUAUUAUGCAAAUUGAUUGUCAUGGGAACCCUAUAAAUCAUUACUAAGAUGUUCUGAUUAUUUUUGGAUAUGUGUACUUUGCAGAUGUAUAUAGAGUACGACUGUUUUGGUAUAGUUUGAAUUUCUUCCAUUGCAGGGUGAUGAUUUGUGUUUGUGUACGAGAUUGUAUCAUGUAAAGUGUAACCAUAUUAUAAUUGUAUUUACAAUUAUACGAUUAUUUCUGUUGGAUCUGUCAAACUUGAUUAAAUAAAUAAAUAAUAUAUAACUA